ACUUGGCUAUCACUAUUUUAGCAGCAUCAGGAAUUUCCCGCCUUUAAUUUUUGAUAUUCACCGAACCCAAAAAAACCUAAUUCACACAAAUUCCCACACUCCCCCAAAUUCAAUUAACCAAACCAAUCAACCCCAAUUCAAUCUACAAUUCACUCCACACACAAAAACACUCCACCAAUUCACAUCACCUACGCUUCGACGCGCACUUAAUCCAGCUCCACCGCACAAAAAUCAGUUCAAAAUGAUGACCAAAACAUUUAAGGGAACCAACGUGUUCAUGUCGCGGAACUUAGUUCCGCCCGAGCUCUUCGACACGCUCCACGACGCUCUCAAGCAAAACGGAGCCGAUAUAUUCCUUUGUUGCGAUCCGUUGCGCAAUGGACCGAGUGAUUAUCAUGUUAUUGCAUCUAUGGAUCAUGAGAAGUUUGAUGAUCUCCGAAGUAAGGGAUGCAAUUUGUUAGGUCCUCAAUGUGUACUUUCAUGUGCAAAAGAACACCGGCUACUGCCUAAACAAGGGUACACUUGUUGUCUUGCAUUAGACGGGGUCAAAGUACUGGCAUCUGGUUUUGACAUGGAUGAGAAGAAUGAGAUUAGUAAGUUGGUGACAGCUAUGGGAGGCGUCCUGCACAUGAAAGCAUCAUUAGAUGUUAGCUUUGUUAUUGUAAAGAGUGUCCUAGCUGCCAAAUACAAGUGGGCUGUAAACAUUCUCAAAAAGCCGAUCGUUAAUAUAAGUUGGCUAUAUCAAUGUUGGAAACAGCAUCGUAUUGUUCCACAGGAUUCAUUCAGGGUGCUUCCUUUCUCAGGAUUGAUAAUUUGCGUCACUAAAGUUCCUGCAGAUGAGCGGAAGGAGAUGGAGAAGUUAGUCAAUCAAAAUGGCGGCACAUAUUCUCCUGAACUAAAUAAGAAGUGUACACACCUAGUGUGCGAUGCUCCUGAAGGUGACAAAUUCAAAGUUGCCAAGAAAUGGGGUCACGUUCAUAUUGUUACCAGAAAAUGGUUUGACCAGUCUGUUUCUAGAAGAGCAUGUCUUAAUGAGGAAGCAUAUGCUGUUCAGGCCAUAUCUUCUACCAGUACUGCAAAGGCUUCUCUGAAGGUACAGCAUAGCCAAGGCAAGCUUGGUAAACAUUCUAUAUGCAGCUUGUCUUCCCUUGACACGGAUGCAAACUUCAGAACUGCUACACAUGAUGGCCUGGUGGGUUCAGAUGUCGAAGCUACUCUCUCAGAGAACAUGUCUUCAAAAUUUCCUGAUGAUGCUGUCAGUAAUAAAACGGAGGAUACUAGCGCAACUGCUAUGCUCCCAGAUGGUGAUACAAAUUUCGACGGAUGUGUUGCCGAUGAUUCUCAAACUGAUGACAAUGAUUUGUACUUAUCAAAUUGCAGGAUCUCACUUGUUGGUUUCGAAGCUUCACAAACGCGUAAGCUAGUCACCAUGAUCCGCAGAGGUGGAGGUUCUCGCCAUAUAUCAUUAAAUGAAAAUUUGACGCAUAUAGUUGUUGGAAAUCCCUCAGAGAUUGAGAAAAAGGAAGCAAGAGGCCAUGCAGCUGCUGGUGUUAUAUCUGUUGUGAAAACCAUAUGGCUUGAAGAAUGUGAUCGUGAGAAGAAAGAAGUUCCUGUACUACGGAGGCACACUGGUUAUGAUUUGCUUAUUCCAAAAGAUCUUUUAUCAUCCAAUAAGCAAUCUGCGAGGACCGAAACGGCGCUGAAAGAAGGAAAGUCAUUCUUCCCUGAUGAUCAAGUUCAACAACAUUUGAAUCCUGGACCUGCGGCAUCAUCUGACAAGAGUAGAGCAGCAGAGGUUAUCAUGAACAGGGAUACUUCUCUUGGUGCCAAUUGCAGAUACAACGAGUCCCGAAAUUCUUCUUGUAAUAGAAUUGAAAAGGGCUAUGGCAAAAUACAGUGUGGACCUAGCCAUCAAAGUCAAGAUGCAAAUUCAGCAAUUGUUUUUAAGUCGAAGCUAUUUCAAUUCUCAAGCUCCUUUCCUGAAGAGAGGAAAUCUGAAAUAGUUCAGUGGAUCAUUCAAGGGGGUGGAGAGGUGGUGAGCUGCCAGGAUGAUUAUGCGCACUUCAUUGUUGAGUGCCAUGGUGCAAUGGCCCAUAACUAUAAAAUAAAUGACACAGCGAGCACUACUGUAUCUAGCCACUGGAUAAAGUCUUGCUUAGAGGAAGGGCAGCUGCUUGAUGUUGGAAGUCACAUUCUCUAUUCUCCACUGACCUGCCAGAUUCCAUUUCCUGGAUUCCAAAAGUUUCGCUUCUGCGUCUCACAGUAUGAUGAGAAAGACAGAUUGCUUUUAAGAAAUUUAUGUUUCGUUCUUGGAGCCAAAUUUGCUGAGAAAUUGACUAAAAGGGUUACUCAUUUACUUUGUAAGUUCACCAGUGGCCCAAAGUAUGAGGCUGCUUGCAAAUGGGGGAUACUUCCAGUUAAGUGCGAGUGGGUUUAUGAGUGUAUCAAACAGGAUAAAGUUGUUGCCCUGGAUUCAUUUUGCCCAAAUGAAGUUACAUUCGAAGAUCGAGAGGCAGGGCUGUGCACCGUGAGCCAGUAUCCUACUCAGGCAGUUAAAAUGGCAUCUGGAGAUGGUGCUUCCCAGAUGACAUGUCAGUCACAAGACCUGAAUUGCUUACGGACUGAACUUACUGGUGGAAUAAGUGACAGGGCAGAGGCAAACCACACAUGCCCUGUCAAUAAAAGGGCAAAGCUCUCCGAUACUGACGUUUGUAAAAGUACACUGCCUUCUAUCAAAAGCCCGAUUAAUCCUACAUGUGAGAUAAAUACCAAGAAGAUCUGCCAAAAUGAAAAACCUGUUGAAGUUUCUUUUGCAGUUCCUGAUGUUGCUGCAGCUAUCGAGGAUUUGCUCGAGGAGACGAGCAAGAUUCCUGAUCAGAAGUCACCUGGGAAAACUGGAUGCGUCAAAAGUCUUUUCUCAUCUGAUCGCCCAGUCCUGGGUCAAGACCAUGCUGAUCUGCAAUCUGGUUUUGCUUUGUCUAAGCACUGGAUAAACAGGACGGACAAGGAGGAUAAUGGCUAUGCUUUGCAAGACAGAAGCAUUUAUGAUGGUUUCAGUGAAACUCAAACAGAGUCUCAGGUGGUCGGGUAUGAAGAAGAUUUAUCUGGAAGACAAAUGAUUAUAGACAGAAUCCGAACACGUAGUUCCAUGUGAUAAUUGACUUGACUUCCUGGUACAUAUCUCACAGAACAAGAAGCUGAUAAUGGCACGAGCAAGUCGCCUUGAAUUUUCCAUUACUGCCCAGUAACAUAAGAUAGGAAUGUAAAUUGUAGACGGCAGCGAACACGGGCUUCUGAAAGUGACAAGCUCAAAGCUUCAAUAUAGUAAGGGAAGGGGCAGAUAGAUAUUUGCCUCGGGCCCUCGGCAGACUAGUGUUACGUUUUUCUAUUGCUUCACAUGACAUGAGUUCUCCCAGUGCUAUCUGAGAUGGUAAAAGAAGCACCAGGCAAACAGAAACAAUUUUUUUGUUUUACCAAACACCAAAGUUUGGUUUCGCUUAUUCCAUUUGAUUUUAUAAGUGUUCUUUAGUAUGAGCUUCAAAUUUCUGACAGCAAAUACUACUUUUUCAUUCGGAAAUUAUUAAACAUAGGUACGUAUGAGUGACACACAUGGUAGUUUCUUCAAGAAAUGCGAAACAAUUUUGUGCAGAAAUCACGCAUUUAUCUGACGUGU